UUUGCCCUCCCCUUUUGGCUGUCACAUGGACGGUUUCUGGUCUCCCGUGACACUUUUGAACAAAUAAUAGGAGGGACGAGGCGUGCUAUGUUGUUAUUGGGCAGCACAUCUUUCAACAUCUAAGCCUGGGGACAGCUCGGCCCUGUCCACCGGUCUGCUGCGGUUACAUUUCACUGUCCAGUGGGCGUCUGACCCGGGGCAUCUCCUACCAGAGACGCACCGUUGAGACACGUGCACACUGUCGGACUCAGUAGACCAUAACAAGGAGUUUAGAAACAGGAAGUGGGUGAAGGUAGCUCGAGGAGGUUCAGCGAGUUCGGGUUUCCCACCAUGUGACUCCUGUAGCCGAUCUAAUAACUCGCAGAGAGCGGUGAUGGUGAGGCAACUCAGUGAGUGACGAAAACUGCCUCCUGGAGAAAGAAUGGCAAAGGUGAACGCUGGCAUCUGGGAGAUAGAAAACAACCAAGGUCACCUGUGCCCUGAGAGGCAUGCUCAGCUGAGAUGCAAAAACAGACAAGCAGCCGUGAAUCAGCUGGCUGCAAAUACCAACCUGAGGUGCGAGCAGCAGCUUUCAUUAAGACGAGGCAAGCAGACAGGUUCUUCUCACCAACCAUGUCAAACGAACGCACUCCUCUGAUCACCUCAGGGGUAUGUGGUUUGACCGUGACAGCAGCAGCAUGCGGCGUGGGGUCGGACGCCACCCCUAAAUCCAGCUCUGGGAUACCAAGUAAAGACCCUCGAAAACUGAACACUUUUUUUGGGGUGAUGGUGCCGACCAUCCUCUCCAUGUUCAGCAUUGUGCUGUUUUUGAGAACCGGGUUUGUGGUUGGUCAUGCAGGGCUGUUACAGGGUCUUUUAAUGGUGAUUGUAGCCUACACCAUUAUAUCUCUUACAAUACUGUCCAUCUGUGCCAUUUCCACCAACGGUGCUAUACAAGGUGGUGGAGCCUACUACAUGAUAAGUCGGUCUCUGGGCCCAGAGUUUGGUGGAAGCAUUGGUUUGAUGUUCUUCCUGGCUAAAGUGUGUGCAUGUGGAGAGUAUGUUCUUGGUCUUGUGGAGGCGAUACUUGACAUAUUUGGUUCUGAUCCUGAGUCAUCUGUGUCCGGGGGGGUGCGGGUGCUUCCUCAGGGUUACUGGUACACAGUGCUGUACUCCUCAGUAGUCCUUCUGCUGUGUCUGCUUGUGUGUCUGGUGGGCGCCCACAUCUACUCCCGCACUGCCUUUGUCAUCCUGCUGGUGGUCACUGUAUCCUUGCUGUCCAUCUUCAUCAGUGCUGUGGCGGUCAAACCUCGUGAUUUUGUCAUCACCCACCAGGGAUCCGGCAACCAGACCCUCCACUACAACGCCAGUUACACGGGUUUCAACGCUACCACUCUCAGGAGCAACCUGGGCUCUGGUUACUCUUUGGACUACAGCACCAACUCUGUCAUGUCUUUUGCCACCGUGUUUGCUGUCAUGUUCACCAGCUGCACUGGGAUCAUGGCCGGAGCCAACAUGUCAGGGGAGCUGAAGACUCCAAGUGUUUCAAUCCCUAAAGGCACCAUCGUAGCCGUCUUUUACACUUUCACAGUCUACGUCCUCCUCUUCAUCUUGGUCAGCGCCACCUGUGACAGGACCCUGUUGAUUCAGGAUUAUGGGUUCCUCCAGAAAAUAAACAUCUGGCCUCCGUUUGUCACCAUCGGGAUAUACUGCGCCUCUCUGUCAGCUGCAAUGUGCGCUAUGAUCGGAGCGUCCCGUAUCCUCCAUGCUCUUGCUCUGGAUCAUCUCUUUGGUUUGCCAUUAGCCCCGGCUGCCAUCACAUCAAGCUCGGGGAAUCCGUGGAUGGCAGUGCUGUACACCUGGGGUCUGGCACAGUGUGUGGUGUUUGCAGGCCAGCUCAAUGCUGUCGCAAGUUUAGUGACUGUUUUCUACUUGCUUGCCUACGCUGCGGUUGACCUGGCGUGUUUGGCUCUUGAGUGGGCAUCAGCACCAAAUUUCAGACCGACCUUCCAGCUCUUCUCCUGGCACACCUGCCUGCUGGGGAUUCUGAGCUGUUUAGUGAUGAUGUUCGUGAUUAACCCCGUGUACUCCUCAGGCAGCAUCGUCCUCCUGUUACUGCUGCUGCUUUUCCUCCACUACAGAUCACCCACCAGCAGCUGGGGCUACAUAAGCCAGGCUCUCAUUUUCCACCAGGUGCGUAAGUAUCUGUUGAUGCUGGAUGUGAGGAAAGACCAUGUGAAGUUCUGGAGGCCACAGGUGUUGUUAAUGGUGGCCAACCCUCGCUCAUCCUGUCAGCUCAUCCUGUUUGUCAACCAGCUGAAGAAGGGAGGACUGUUUGUGUUAGGCCACGUGCAGCUGGGAGAUCUGGACGCCCUGCCAUCAGACCCGGUCCAGCAGCAGUACAACUUCUGGUUGAGCCUAGUUGAUAAACUCGGGGUGAAGGCCUUUGUAGACCUGACACUGUCUCUCUCCGUCAGACAGGGAACACAGCAUCUGCUGCGCAUCACAGGCCUAGGUGGCAUGAAGCCCAACACACUGAUUUUGGGUUUCUAUGACAGCAGCACUCCUGAGGACUUCUUUCUACAAGAUACUGCGUUUUGUGACUCUUCGAAGGGGCGAGAGAGUGAGGGCGAAUACAAUUUUGGGGUUGACUUGCCUUCAUUACAGGCCCAUUUCCCCCCAGUCCGACACAUUGAGAGCCCACGCUGGCUAUCACCAGAGGAGUAUGUAGGGAUCAUUUCUGAUGCCAUUAAAAUGAGCAAGAACGUGUGCCUUGCCCGCUAUUUCUUCCAGUUAGAGGGAGAGGGUAAAGAUAGCAAGGUCGACGGGUCAGAGCGGACUAUAGAUGUGUGGCCUCUCAACCUGCUCCAGCCAGGCAGCCGUGAUUAUGAGGACGUGUGCAGCCUGUUUCUGCUGCAGAUGGCCUGUGUGCUCAACAUGUCCAACAAAUGGCGCCAUGCAAGAAUGAGGAUCUUCCUGAACGUGGAGACUGAGUCCAGUGACCAGGGCUGGGUGGUAAACGAAGAGACGUUCCGAGAGUUGCUGAGGAAGCUGAGGAUCAGGGCGUCGAUAAAGAUCGUGCCGUGGGACUCUGUGGUGCAGCACCACACUCAGCCGGAUGGGGAGCACUCUGCAGAGCCAACACAAGCUCUGUCCGAGGACUUCUUGUCCGCAGUGAACUGUAUGUUGAUGGAGCACAGCUCGCAAGCUGCUGUUCGCUUCCUGUAUUUACCUCGACCUCCUGCGCAUCACAGCCAAUCACAGCAGUACUUGGCUCAGGUGGAAGCAGUGACCAAUAGUUUAGGGCCAACACUCCUGAUUCAUGGUGUCACCCCUGUCACAUACACUGAUCUGUGAGCAUUUGCAGUCAUGAGUUUUGUUCCUGUUGUAUCAUUUGAUAUUGUACAUAAAGCAGCAAGUCUUAUCUGACUGCUCAUUUAAGUGCAAGUAUAAACUAUGGUUACAUGUAAAAUUAACACAUAAUGUAAUGAAAAGUGGAUACUAAGGUACAGUAUGUAGCACCGGUUACUAUACUUUCAUCUAAUGCAGCUUUUUUUUUUGUCGUUUUACUGAAGCUUAGGAAAGGACCACAGUCGAGUGCAUUUUGAAAAUACGCCACUUGAGGUUUUUGCAUUCAACAAGGAUAUUUUCCUAUUUUAAAAUACUUGAACUGGCUUGGUGAGCCAAGGAAUGGGAGAAUACUAACGUUUGCGUGCCUGAUUUAUGUUGAUAUAACCUCUUGUUUGCAUUAGCUUUAAGCCUGUAAAAAUGUGUCAAAGACGCUUCAGAACACAAACACAAUUUGUUUUGAGCAAUACGGGUUGUCUAGGACAUUGACUAUAGAAAUGUCUGUAUAUCAUUUCAGGGAUGAAAUUAUGAAUUUGUGGUGUUUUGUGAAAACAAUUGACCACGGUAAGUUUCUAAAUAUUGUAUUGUGUUAAUGCAUAAUUGUUGUUUUUUUUUUUUAAAACUCUGUAUUUGUGCUGCUUGCAUUUUCCUACACUCACACAUUUCUGCUGGUUUCUGGACCAAGUGACCCAAAGACCUUUUCUUUCAGAGCUGAAUUGAGUUCGGAUUUUUUUUGUUUUCCAUGCACUUAUGCAAACAUGUUUUCUUGCUAUUAAAUGUGUAUCUCUAGUCUUCACAAAGGGAACCGUUUUGUACGUUUGACCUCACAAUGAUGAACGUUUGUUGCUGUUGUAUGUGCUAACUUUAAAAAUUUCGGAUUUUUGUGCUUAAUGAUGCAGACUGUCAAAAAUAACACCAGAAAGGAAAAAGGCUGAUGGUUACAUUGGAUGAUAUUACACACAUUUUGUGUAUGUGAGAAGUGGACCUACAGUGAAGAUAAUCUAUUAUAAUGCCCAUAUUAAGCUGUAAAAGUCGACAUGUCAGUAAUCUUCAUCCAUUUAGUGACCUUCAUUCUCUGUGCAGAUGCAGUCACAUAACUACUCCUCCUUUUCACUGAGCGUCUCCUUUUCCUUGCACACUCUUCUUUCAUAUUUGCUGACUUUUGCAAGGUUUCGUAGCUUUCUGAUGAGGACUGUUGACAUACGAAGCCAGUCUGGCAGGAGUAUUGUGAGAGCCAUGCUCUGUAGGAUGACAGGGAAGGAGAAGGAGGAGACGUUAAGAUAUUGCAGCAGCUGACAAUUUGUAAGUGAUCAUAGUCUCUCAUCCCUCUGACCUGGAGUGCGUGGGAGAGACAGCCACUGGUGUAGCUGGAGUGACCCACAGUGUUCAAGGCCUCACGGGCGAACCCUGAAGCAGUCUUCACAAAGCAGUUGACUCUCAUGUUGUGUGUCAUGUUGGUUGACACCAUGAAGGGGGCCACACACUGGAGGUGGGGGGGCUGUGGUUAGACCGAUUGAACUUCCCUUUACAUCAUUCAUAUUACUGAACUUCUAAAAGCGAUUUAAUAAUAAUAAUUUGAUUUGAUAAUUUGAGCCUUUAGUCAUGCAGCUUCACAUGCAGCAAAUUCAAAAAGAGGAAGAUAACCUGAGUCAGUGAGAGCAGCAGGGGGCAAAGGUUCAUUCUAAGCUGCAUGUUUGUUUUAUUUUAAUGACACACUUUUCAAAUGAGUCUUUGGCUGCAUACACAGCAACCUCAAAUGUAGUUUCAAUGUUUUCUUUUUUCUUAUUUUACAACCGUAUCAAAAGCUAAAAAAAAAAAAGAAGACCAACUUUUGGUGAUCAGAUUGAUGAGGGUUGGUCUUAGUCUCAUGGCAUGGUAUGUGAUGUUCUUCUGAUAUUAUCUUGUAUUUGUCUGUGCCUAACAAAACCAGUUACACAAAGGUGGAUAAGAUCUCAUUUGUUCUCUGCGCUUCUCUUGUAAACAAUCUGUAAUCUAACUUCAGUAAACUCACAAAUAUUGUCACA